CCCUUUACUCUAAGCUUCGACGCAACCUAUCUAUAUGACUACAGCUUUAUUUUGUUUUACAACCUCAUCUUUACUUCACUGCCUGUCAUCGUUCUCGGAUCAUUCGAUCAGGAUAUCAAUGCAAAAGCUGCCCUUGCUUUCCCUCAGCUCUAUGUUUGCGGUAUCAGAGGCUUGGAGUACACACGGACAAAGUUCUGGUUCUACAUGCUCGAUGGUCUUUACCAAUCAGCAGUCGUCUUCUUCAUCCCCUACUUGGUCUGGCAGCUUGGAUUAGCCAUAUCAUAUAACGGCAAAGGAAUUGAUUCGUUGGCGGACUUUGGAACGACCGUCACGAUUGCUGCCAUUUUUGCAGCGAACACCUACGUCGGGAUGAACACCCACUACUGGACCUACAUCACUUGGAUCGUCGUCAUCGGGUUGUCCCUUGUCAUGCUCCUUUGGAUCGUGAUCUACUCGGUCCUUCCGGUCAAUACCUUCUUCUCUUCUAUGGAUGGGUUUAUAGACGAGGUGGAGAUCCUCUUCUUCAGCAAUGUCACGUUCUGGGCGACGGUCGUGUUCUCCAUCUUGGUGGCACUGGGUGAGUUGAGAUGGCCUUCGUUGGAAACUCAUCCUAACCGCCGUUUUUUUAGUGCCCUGGUUCCUCAUCAAGUUUUUCAAAUUGACAUAUAUGCCCUUAGAUAA